AUGUCUGAAGCCGAGGUCACGCCCAAGCGGCAGAAGGGCCUGGACGGCACGCCCAAGCCGUCACUAGCUCAACCCGCCCCUGCGCAACCCGCCCCUGCGCAACCCGCCAAGCCGGUCAAGCAGGCCAAGCCAACCAAGGGCAAGGCCGCCAAGGCUCGCAAGGCCGCCAAGGGCCGCGGAGUCAAGCACAAGGUGGUCUACGAGCGCAUCAACUACCUCGUCCAGGCCGCGGUGGCAGUCGUCGAGCUCUCACCCGAUCUGGCGCGCCACUACGUGGGCAACAUCCGCGAGCUCGCCCGCCGUCUCGUUCUCCGCUUAGACAGAUCCAUCUCGCGCCAGCUCUGCAAGGGCUGCGAUAUCAUCCUCGUUCCACACAUCUCGGCCAAGGUCCGCAUCAAGGCCAAGCUCGUGACGACAACUUGCCUCUCCUGCGGCCAAUCCUCGUCGCACUCGGGCAUCACCUUUGCCACAUCCGAUCCCUCGCCGUAGUCGCCCGCCCUGUCCUGCUCCACUCCCCCACGGCGCAAGCAACCGCGCUGUCAACGCACUUGCCCCGCCCCACCAAGCAUGUCAAGCACCAGAUCAACCACGCCAUGACCUCGCAUGACCACAGAGCCAGUGCCAGUGCGAGUGCCAGUGCGAGUGCCACCCCACUCGAGCCCCACCACCAUGGGCACAACUUGGUCUACGCAAUGGGAGCAGUACUCAGUGGGAAUGAAG